UCUGUCUCGCAAUACCCUCAUGUGCUCGACAAAACGCUAGAUACCCAGCGAGCGGAUGCGGACAAAGCUAAAGCGUAGCGCGAGCGCAAGUGGAUGUGGAAGGAAGAUUACUGUCCACCUUCUCUUGAAUGCAGCGAUCGAGCGAUUGAUGAUCGCGAGUGGCCCAAUGCCGGUGGGGAUGUUGGGGCAAGCAGCGGGAUUCCGGAUCUGGUUGCGGCACAGUCGAACGAUGCGGAUGUGCUCAGCACGUACAAACUUGAUAUGCUCAGGUUCAAAUCCUUCAAUCGCCUGAAUCGGAGCGCUGGAGUGGUGACGUGCAGCGUAGCCAACAAAUCUCACAUUCGCCACUCUCUUAGCCACUGUGUUUUACUCGCAGCCAGCUGCACCGCGUCUGCCAAGCACUUCCUCCCAGUAAAAUACAACGUACUCACGGUCAUCGUGUAUGGAUGCGCCGCGUGUCGGCUCCUCGGGCCAGGCGCGUGCACUGCGACACUGCCCGACAUCCAAGGACCCAUUUUAUGGGCCUUCUCCAGCCGUCAGCAGGAUACGAAUGCGCUCCGAUAUGGUCGCACGGCCAUCCUUCUUCCUUUCGAGCUUGGCCUGCAUAGCGUAGCGCAGACGCCACUAAGAUGGACGCUGAACAAAUGAAGGGUCUUGCUGAAGCGCAGCGGGCGUAUAUUUAAUCUGCAAGGCCGCAAUCCUAACAGAACCAUGCCUCGAUUUCCCGCUCGAGCACUCCUGCCGUUUCGCCAUAUUCUUGCACAGAUGCUGCGGCCGGGAUGCCAUCAAAUAACACCCUCGUCGUCGCUAGGGGAUGUCGUGGCAGCCCCGAUUUAACAGAUCCGCCUGAUGACUCAACAGGCCCAUCUACUAUUCAGUGGCAGAACUAUCAUACCCGCCAAGUCACAAACGCGUAUCGGCUUUUUAUGCUUCCCCGACUGCGUGAAAGUUUAGUUUGGUUCAACAAAUCCGAUGCUUGGAGUCCAGUCCGACAGGGGCGGUGCGCGAUUUAUUAAUGCAUUCAAUUCCUUCGGCUGGAAGACAUCGUGGACGAGUGUAUCGUGGGCGACAUUC